AUGGGAAUCCCUAUUGAACUUCCUGCCUCACCUGCACCCAAGUCUGGGCCCUGUCAUUCAGCCAAACCCUCCUGGUCAAGAAGCAAUGGCCCUAGCGUAGAUCAGAGCGCAUGGAUUCAGCAGGCCCGGGCAGAUGUUGCAGCAGCUUCGGUUUCUGCUUCCCUUUCAACGACCGCCGCCGCCGUCGAUGAGGCGGAGAUCCAAUCGCCUUCGCCCGCCCGUGCAGCGCGUCCCCCAAACCUUCGUCGCAUCAGUCGCGUCCCGGUCUUCGUAACCUCCCCCUCCGGCUCUGGUUCUGAGUCUGGGUCUGGUUCUGGAUCUACAGGGACAGUAAAUACUCUCUCCGUCAGACCUGCACCCGUCGCAUCGCCAACGACAUCGACCUUUAACAGUGACUACUACAGCACCACUCAAGAACAGCAAGAGCAGCCUCAUCUUCCUCAGGAACGUGCAUCUUGGAACUAUCGAUUUGUCAACAUGAACCAUGCCGACAACUACAAUCGACCAGAGACGAACACUCUGAGUGGAAGUGGGAUGAUGCAUGGAUACUACUAUGAGGACGAUCGACUUCGUCAUGACCACUCACCCAUUAUGCGAUCCUACCACCAACAACAUUAUCAGUCUGCAGAAUCUUUGUCUACAGGAGGAACAGCAGCAGCUACGACUAUGGCAGGGACAACAGGGCCGGCAGAUUCAUCUGCUAAUGCGAAUGUUACUGUGUUCUCGUCCUCGCCAACAUCGGUGCUUACCCCACGGCCUCGUCAGUACUACUCGAUGAGAGGAGGAAGCGAAGUGAUCGACGACUCUGACGACAUUGACGAAGAAUGGAUCCUCCAGCAGCAACAACAACAAAACCAGCAACAACAGCAUCUUUCAGAGCGCAGUCCGAGCAGUAGUUCUAGCUCCAGUUCCAGCACGACUUUGAUGACGUCGGUACCGUCGUUUCUGCAGGGCCAUCCAAUGGUCGCCCGAACCGUGAUCCGCGCAGAUGCCUUCCAUCAAGGGGUGAUCCAUAUCUACCCCGAGAACCAUGCCCCGAUCCGGAUGUCUCAGGGUGUUGCAUUGUCAGCCGAGGGAGAGGAGGAUGCCGGAAAGGAGGGGUUCGACGAAGCUUCAGUUAGCGAGAGUCAUCAUCACCAGCAUCAUCGCGCAGACCAUGGGGCUCCCUUACUAAACGGAGAGCAGGAGCAAGAUCAGCAGCAGGACCAGUAG